AGAUCAUUCGACUGGUAAAAGAACGCCGGUCGCUUGCGCUUUUAUAAGAAAUGAAAAAGUGUUCAUUUCACAUUUAUCGCAUGUAAGUUAGUUGCUCCUUCAAGUAUGAGUGAAAUUAAUGAUUUGCCUUGUUGUUUUUGCGAAAGAAGCACGAAGUAUCGGUGUAUAUCGUGUCAAAAAACAUCUUGUAACAUAUGUUCUACCGGUGUUAACAGUACAGUCAAUGGGUACAGCGAAGAGGAAAAACGUGUUGGUAGAUGUCCUGAUUGUUCUGUUGUUAUUAAUAAGCAGCCGAAGAAAAUCCAAAGAAGCAUAUUUUCAGCCUUUGGAAAAAACCCACCAACAUUAGCGAAGCAAUCAGCAACGAAUAUAACUACACCGCAGACCAAAGGCAAAACAAAUCCGAAACAACACAAGCAAACAACAUCAACAAGAACCGUAACACCUGCUACUGUUGAGAAGUGGAAAGCUGAGCUGGCACAACACAGCGUUGCUGAAUGGCUGCUUUAUGAUAUAAAAGAUGGCAAGGUUAAGAACAUGCGCUGUAAAUUUUGUACGACGUAUCAGUCCCAGAUCAAAACAUUGCCAAAUUACAGCAACAUCUUCGUUGUUGGCACCCAAAACUACAAAAAAAGUGCAGUAGAAGACCAUGCCACGAAGAGUAGACAACACUUAAAAGCCCAUAGCCUGUAUUUGAAAGCAACAGGAGUUUCCCUGGAUGAACGAGCUACAACGUUGUCUGCGGCCGAUUCUUCCAACGUUGUCGCUGGUUUGGCCAAGAUGGAUGAAAAAGAUAUGCAACGAACGAAAAAGAAAUUUGAAGUGGCGUAUUUUGUUGCUAAAAAUCGCUUACCGUUGACAACAUAUCCGGAGUUGCUGAAGUUAGAGAGAAAGCAUGAAGUUGACAUUGGUAUAGCGUAUAACACUGACCGCGCUUGUGGAACAUUUAUUGAUUAUAUGGGUAAAGAUAUGAAGCAGCAACUUAAUGCUGAUCUUGCGAAAGCCAAGUUUUUUAGCGUACUUUGUGAUGGUUCUACAGACAACGCAGUUGUUGAAAAUGAAGUAAUAUAUGCAUUACAUUUUGAUCCCACUCCAGUUAACUCAAAUUGUGUAGAAGUUAAGGUGUCUUUUCUCAGCAUGACUCACUUAAAGCAUCAACAUGCUGUCGGUGUUGCAGCUGCUCUCGCUGAAAGCUACGAUGACAUGGUCACGCUAAAAAGUGCCAUUGAAAGUGAGUUUCAGUCUAUCGGCAUAAUGCCAGCCAAAAAACUGAUUGGAUUUACUUCUGACGGAGCAAGUGUAAAUCGAGGGAAUAAAAAUAGUGUAAAAAUGGUGUUACGAGAGGAAUCGGAGUGGCUUGUAUUUAUUUGGUGCAUCGCACAUCGGUUGGAAUUGGCCUUAUCUGAUGCGUUGAAAGGUACCGACUUUGAUAUUGUAGAUGAGAUGCUACUAAGGACAUACUAUUUAUAUCAGAAAGCACCAAAGAAACUUCGGGAGUUACGUCAGAUGCAUGAUCUUUACGCUCCUGCGAUGGACUACAUAGAAGGAGGGGUUAAACCCAAAAAAGCAAACGGCACUCGUUGGAUCUCACACAAACUGGCCGCUAUGAAAAUUUGUUUGGAUAAAUAUGGUCUUUUCAUAGAGCACUUAGAACAUCUCAGUCAAGAUAAAGCGGUGAAAGGAGAAGAUCGUGCAAAAAUGAGAGGUUAUCUAAACAAGUGGAAGCAGUCUAAAGUACCAUUAAUGUUGGCAAUGUUUAUCGAUUUGCUCGAAAUACCAUCAGCGCUCUCGCAAGACUUCCAACGUGACCAAAUUGACACAGUUUCAGCGAUGAGAUCACUAUCACUUACCAAAGAUCGCUUAGCAAUGUUUGAGCGCAAAAGUUUUGAAAAAUUGCCACACGUGCAAGACCUGCUAAGUAGAAUAGAAGACAAAGAUGGCGAUAAGUACUACCAAAAUGUGAAAAUGACAAAUUUUGUAGCAGCAAAGGAGCAUGUCAAGGCAACGAAAGGGAAUUUUGCAAAUGUCAUUGUUGAGAAUGUUACAUCACGACUUGAAGAAGAAGAUGACAGUAGAGAUAUCUUCAGAUACGUUAAUCAAAUUUUAAACACGGAAGGUUGGCUCCGAGAGAAGCAAGACGAAGAUGGAAAUGUUAUUACAGAUUACGAGUUUGCUGACGAAGGUUUAUCAAAUUUAAAACAACACUUCGAUAUUCCAUUGAGACAUGCCGGCUUCAGUGCUUCAACAGCAGAUCUGUUAAAUCAAUUUCACGAUCUCCUACGAUACUCACACGAAUACCUUUCUGUUUCGGCGACACCAUACAGGGUCUGUUGGAGAAGAAUUUUUUCAUCAUCCAGAAAUCAAUCGUGGAAAGAUUUAUUAAUUCUCGUCGAAUUGUUAUUCACGAUCCCUGUAAGCAAUGCCAAGUUGGAGCGCAUGUUUUCCAAACUCAAAACUGUCAAAACUAUCAAUAGGGGUUCAUUGUCACAAAACCGACUAGAGUCCCUUUUGAGGAUUGUCGAAGACGGGCCGUCUAUAGAGCAGUAUGACCCAUCAAAUGCUAUAAGAAUGUGGAUGGAGGAAAAGGACAGACGACCAAAUCAAAGAAAACGGUGUGGAUACAAACCACGUACAGGUUCCAAAAGGAAACUUCCCUCGCUGAGUGACGGCAGUUCAAAUGAAGAGAACGAAGAUGUGGAUGACAAUGUACUUUUAAUCGAUUUAUUUGGCGAUGACAACGAAUAUGUAGACUUUCUAGGUUUUUAAAUACUUUGUAUUUCUCUCCAUAGUUUUUCUUUGUCUUCCCAAUUUUGUUUUAUUUUGUAUUUUCUAAACAUAAGCAAAGUGAUCAAGGCAAGUUAAGGCUUAGCAAACAAUAAGUCUCCUUAAAAAAUACGGCAGCGAUAAAAAUUCAAGUGCAAAAACGAUGGCGAAAAUAAAUUAACAUGAAAGAUCUUUUAUCACUCAAAUUUACAAAAAUGACUUUUAAAACAGAAAAGGCUUUUUCAAAAUAUAAAAAGAAAAGAACACAAAAUUAUCUACAAUUAAAUCCAUGAUAUAACGUCUGUUCCGCCUGUAAGUGCAGUUUUGCAGACUUGCUUCAUCCGUGCUCCGUCGGCGUUCACCUCCGCAUUAGUUAAGAACCGCAUGGCUGGAUUUCUUGUGUAAGACCUGGUUACCAACGACGAAGGGGCCAGGCAAUAGAGAUUCAUGUCUACGUAGUUCUUUUAACUAAGUCAGGAGUUGGUGAAUUAGCUAGGAUGGUCAGGUUGGCUAUGAAUAGGCUUGCUCGUGGAUUAAAAGGACUAGAACUAUUCAAUAAUUCCGAGAUCUAAACAAAUGGAAGUGUCCGACCAAGACUGAAAUCUAUCGGACGUUUUGUCCGACGAAAGUUUAAAACGGGCUACGGACAUGUCCGACCAAACUGGAAAUGUGGCGGACAUUUUGUCUGACGAGUCUCCAAAAAUUAUUUCGAGGGCUGUGCUUUUAUAAAUGUAUCAACAAAGUUGAUGCAUUUGA